AGUGUAGUGAAAUCUGUUUACGACGGUUUGCGAGUAGUGGGUAGGUAGAUAAUUUCAAUGACAAUAAAUAUUGUGGUUCGGUAGACCUCAGAAAGUGAUACAUAUGAUAUUGAUUCAACCCAACAAUAAUUGUCGAGCUGUUUGUUAUUUGUGCCAGGUUGUUUCCAAACCAAUUGGUCCUCGUAUUGGUCAAGAUGCAACAAGCUGUUGUAACCAAUCUGAGCAGGUUAUAAUGGCGUCUCCAGACGAAGUCCAGAAGCAAAGCAAUAGACUCAGAUUCAAUGGGGUCUAACGAAUCGAUAUCCACAGACUCUUCGGCAAACCCACAAGGAAACCUUACAAUGGAGGGACAUCAUCCAGAAUCGGGACCAGAAUCAAUCAUCGAAGAAAUAGAUUGCAGUGGUGAUAGGACAGAAACCAGUUCGCGACCAGUCAUCACUGAUGGCGAAGACUCUGCAACUGAAAGCCUACCACCUUCCGUCGGAGAACUCACUGAAGAACCUCAUGAUAGGUCCGAUGGAUCAGACUCUGGGUUUGGUUGUGAUGUGAACGAAGAACGGCCACAAAAGAGUCAUACGCUUGUCGAAAAUAACUGUGAAGUUUCAUUCCUGUAUAAAUUGAAUGAAGGUACUAUAACUAACAGUCAGUUUGAAGAGUUUGCUAGUCAAGUGAAUAUAACUCCUGCGAUUGAAUGUGAAGGACUGGAACAUAAUUUAGACCUGAAAGAUGCUGUGGAAGACAUAGGUGAUAUUUUGAGCGGCGCACAGUUGAAGUCAGGCCUUCCUGGGAAAAGCAAUCUCAAAAGAAAAUUAUCCAUUGAACAUAGCGACGAACCGAAAGUGAAAAAACGGCGAGGAAUCACAUUCGACAGCGUCACAGUUUUUUACUUCCCUAGAGCCCAAGGUUUCACAUGCGUCCCAUCACAAGGAGGGUCUACCUUAGGCAUGGGGGCACAACACACCCAUAUGAAAAAAUUCACUUUGGCCGAACAUGCUGUGGAGCAACGUAGAAUCCACCGGCAAUUGUUGCAGCAAUUGAGGACAGAACGGAAUGCCUCUACGGGGAACGUGCCCUCAUCUAGUGAAGAAAGUGACAGUGAAGAUGAGCCCAGUGAUGCUUCUGAAUCUGAAAUGGACCUUGACAACUACUAUUUCUUGCAGCCUGUACCAACUAGACAAAGAAGAGUGUUACUGCGAGCGGCUGGCGUGAGAAAGAUAGAUGCUCUAGAAAAAGACGAAUGUAGAGACAUAAGAACUUCUAGAGAAUUUUGUGGCUGUGGAUGUAAAGGUUACUGUGAUCCGGAUACAUGUUCUUGUAGCCAGGCUGGUAUCAAGUGUCAGGUGGACAGAUUGAAUUUUCCUUGUGGUUGUUCACAUGACAACUGUGGAAAUACUAGCGGUCGAAUAGAGUUCAACCCUGUAAGAGUCCGUACUCAUUUCAUACAUACUCUGAUGAAGCUAGAAUUGGAAAAACAAAAAGAGGAAAUGAAAUCAGAUAAGCAGUCAACUAGCUGGAUGGAUAAUGAGAGGCUAACUGGGAAUGACAAGGAAACUAUAUCAAGUAGUAAAUUAGGUGUUAAUAAAUUCAAUGCUAAUUUGUUGAGGGACAUAAACUUAGGGGCUAAUAUUGAGGUGGAGAACUGUGUACACAAUGGAAACUAUACAAAUCUUCAUUAUGGCUAUGCAAGAGAGAGUUCUGGUCAGGUAAUGAACAGCACCACGACUUUUUCCAACCUUCCCGAUCGUGCGGAUUCUUUGGAUUUGUAUUCUUUCAGGGAGAAUUGUUACGUCGACGAAGAAAGUACAUCGGCCGAAAGGAAACAUCCUUUAUCGCCCACCCAAGGAUUUCAAUUUCCCGAUCCUAGAUUCACUGAUGUCGAUUUUCCGGACAAUCCUCCCCCCUACUCCACGCCUCCUACGAAUCAAUACUCGCAGCCUUACCAGAGCGGCUUCAACGACUUCACGCCAGCAUUUAAUACCUACGCCGCUUUGUAUGCGCCUGAAUUCGGCAUUAAGCAGGCCGAAGGGAGUUUUCAGCAGAACUCUAGCUAUGAGAAUUAUUCGAAUGGAAACUCUGCAUCUGGAAGCACAAUUUCUAAGGAGAGCCAGUAUGCAAGCUUGAUUCCUGUCGGGUGUAAUAAUAAGAAUGAAACGUUUACUGAUCUGCUGAAUGGCAGAUUCGGCAGUUACCCGGGAUAUGGAGAGGGAAACAACUGCAAUAACUCUGCGACAAGUGAAGACUCGAGAAUGACAAACGGUGCAGGAAGGGUAGGAAAAUUCAAAGAAAAUUCUGAGAACCCUCCAAACAUCACCAGCUCCGAGAACUGCGAGGAAAAUUUCGGGGAAAUAAUCAAAAAAUCUAUAGUAGAAACUGUUUCUGCCUGAAUUUAUUGAUAACUAUAAUAUAUUACGUUCCAUAUUAAUAUUAUUAUUAUUAUUAUUGAAAAAAUAUAUUGAAAUGUAGAUAACAUUAGAGUAAAAAAGUGAUGUUUUAAUAAAUGUUGUGCAUAUAGUUUUAUCGG